AUCCUUCCAAGAUGAGUAACGUUAUGGUACUUACCCUAACAGUCCUGCUGGCGGCUGUCGCGCAUCCGCAGCUAGUCCCGGGCGUACGAGUUAAUUUAACUGCGCUCGCCAAACAAACCAUACCCGGUGACUGUGCAGUCCCAACCGCAGGCAAAUCGUCCAUUUGCACCAACUGCACGGCUAUGUCCGUGUGCAUCGGAGGAUCCGCUUCGGGUGCAAUAUCCUGUUCAGGAAACUACCAAUACUGCAACCCAGGGGAAAUCGAGGCCUCCUGUUCGACAAAUCCGGCCGAAGGCUGCGGUGGAACUAGUGGUUCCCAAGUUACACCGAUGGUAUGUUCGGACAUGGGUGUGUUCCCUGAUCCAGGAAACUGUAACUAUUACCAUGUAUGCCUAAGUGAGACAGGCCGGUCAUACCUGUACGAGUGCCCUCAAGGAACUUCGUUCAAUAUUGAUGCUCAACAGUGUCGGGCCCAAAGCGCUGCAGGUUGCACCACUUGCAAAUGUGGAACUACGAGUGGAUUCGUGUACUAUGGAAACUCACGUGUGUACUAUUGCUUCUGCUCGGUGGUGAACGGUGUAACAACUUCUUUUAUCAAAAAAUGCCCCAAUCGGGCCACGUUCAGCAUGGAUACCAUGUCGUGUGUCUUCAACUGUCCCGGACAGGGCAAUUUUGCCAAUUCGAACAGACCGUCGACCUAUUUCCAGUGCUAUAUUAUGAACGGACGCUGGGUAGCAAACUUGGUAUCUUGCCCCAUUGGAACGAUAUUCAAUCAGACUUUGUCGUACUGUACUUGAUGUGAACGAGCUUUGAAGACGAAAUAUUAGGCUGUCAAAAAAGUCCUGCGAUAUUUUUUUUGAAUUUUCAUUUGUUCGUAAAAUUAGUUACAAUCAUCUGUUUUAAGUCAAAUAUGCGCCGUUUUGUUCGAUGACUUGUUCCCAACGAGAUGCCAACUUCAUUAUACCCCUGUUAUAGAAGCUCGCUUCCUUAUUGGCAAAAAACUCGGAUAGCCAAUUUUCACAGGCCUCUUUUGUGGCUAACUUCUGACUACCUAGCUCGUUCGCCAUUGUCAAAAACAGGUUGUAGUCACUUGGUGCAAGAUCCGGACUAUACGGCGGAUUCAAAAGAACCUCCCAUCCGAGCUCCCGGAGCUUCUGGCGCGUCACCAAAGAAGUGUGUGGCCUGGCGUUGUCCUGAUGGAAGACAAUGCGGUCUAUGUUUAUCAAAGAUGGCCUCUUCUUCAUGAGUGCUACCUUCAAGCGGUCCAGUUGUUGGCAGUACAGGUCCGAAUUGUGCGUUUGGCCAUAGGGAAGCAGCUCAUAAUAGAUUAUUCCUUGACAAUCCCACCAAACACACAGCAGAACCUUCCUGGCCGUUAAUGAGGGCUUGGCCACCGUCUGAGCCGCUUCAGCGGGCUUCGACCACGACCGUUUGCGCUUCACGUUGUCGUAAGUGACCCACUUUUCAUAGCCAGUCACCAUCCGCUUCAGAAACGGGUCGAUUUUGUUGCGAUUCAGCAGCGAUUCAUAUGUGUCGAUACGGUCAAAGAUGUUUUUUGCGUCAACGUGUGUGGCACCCAUACAUCGAGCUUCUUUGUGAAUCCAAGCUUCUUCAAAUGGUUAAUAACGGUUUGAUGACUUAUCCCCAGCUCUUGGCCGAUGCUACGACUGCUACUAUGCCGGUCUUUCUCGGCUAAUUCAGCGAUUUUGUCGCAAUUUUCGACGACAGGCCUUCCGGAGCGUGGCGCAGCUUCGACGACCUCUACACCAGAACGAAAACGUUGAAACAUCGUUGUGCGGUGGAAAUGGAAACUGUAUCGGGUCCAUAAACUGCACAAAUUUUACUGGCAGCUUGAGAUGCAUUUUUGCCUUUGUCAUAGUAGUACUGUAAAAUAUGUCGGAUUUUCUCUUUAUUUUGCUCCAUAUUUGCGACACUAUAACUCACGAACGACUUAACCAAACAAAACACUGUCAAGGACUAUAUUAUAGCAAAAAUACCUUUCCAACAAGCUAUAGUAUGACUCGAUACAAUGAAUACAACUAGAACUACGCGCUUACAACGACACCUCGCGGAAAUACCGCAGCCUAAUAUGUUGAAAUGCGAAUAAAUUGUAAUGUAUAUUUAAAAAAAAGCCCAGUUACAAAAAUAUCCCAAUAUUUGAAACAAAUGAAA